AUGCCUCGUCGGUUUAGCAACAACUCCUCCAACGACACCUCUUCCAACUCUCCGUCCUUUUCACCCUCUUCGGGAAAGGGCGGUUUUUCCAUAAAGGCACCUUCGGUCAAGUCCCAUCGCCUGUCCCAGUUCUUCUCGACGUCACCCAAGUCUUCUAGGGUCGAGCCGCAACCUUCACAGGCGCCACCGCAGUCCACCGGGGUCAACCCGUCCAACGUCACGCCGAUCAGCUCGGCAUCACUGUCCUUACCGACAAUCUCUCUGUCCAGUGCCACGGCUGAUAACCCGAAUAUGGAAGAGAUGCCAACUACGUUGUUCCAGCCCCCGACUCCUGAGGAGGCCCGUCGGCUGGCCAAGCAACAUGCCCAAUUCGGUCCUAUCGGUCAUCCCAGCCACCGGUACUCCAGUCGACACCCUGGCGGUGUCUUCCCGGAGCCGGUGAUGGACGAGCCGCCGUAUUAUUACUUGCUUACAACCUACAUCAGCUACCUAAUUCUAAUUGCGUUCGGACACGUCCGGGAUUUCUUUGGCAAACGCUUCCGCGAGGAGAACUACCGCCACCUCAAGCCCCGCAACGGCUACGGCGCGCUCAACAGUGAUUUUGACAACUUCUACGUCCGUCGUCUCAAGCUCCGCAUUAACGACUGCUUCGAGCGUCCCACCACGGGUGUCCCCGGACGAAAUAUCACUUUGAUCGACCGUGCUACCGAUGAUCACAAUCACCACUUCUACGAGACCGGUACCACUACCGACACAUUAAACCUGAGCUCCUACAAUUACCUCGGUUUCGCUCAGUCUGAAGGCCCUUGCGCCGACCAGGCCGAGGAGGCUGUUCGCAAGUACGGUAUUGCUACUCCCAGCACUCGCGCGGAGGCUGGAACCCAAGAUCUUCAUGUUGAGGUUGAAGAGCUCAUUGCCCGGUUCGUGGGCAAGGAAUCGUCGAUGGUCUUCUCGAUGGGUUUCGGCACCAACGCCAAUGUUUUCCCGGCUCUGGUUGGAAAGGGCGACCUGCUUAUCUCCGAUGAACUUAAUCACGCCUCCAUUCGAUUCGGUGCCCGACUUUCUGGUGCUUCCAUCGCCAUGUUCAAGCACAAUGACAUGAAGGAUCUAGAGCUCAAGCUGCGUGAGGCCAUCUCUCAAGGCCAACCCCGCACCCACCGCCCUGGAAGAAGAUUCUCGUGGUUGUUGAAGGUCUUUACUCUAUGGAAGUUCAACCUGUUCGUGGAUGAGGCUCACUCCAUCGGUGCCAUUGGUCCCAAAGGUCGGGGUGUGUGCGAUUACUUCAGUAUUGACACCGGUGAGGUCGAUGUUCUCAUGGGGACUCUCACCAAGUCAUUUGGUGCCAAUGGUGGUUACAUUGCUGCGGACAAGGCCAUGAUUGACAAGCUCCGAGCUACCAAUUCUGGUAUGCUCUACGGCGAGGCCCCUGCCCCUGCAAUUCUCACGCAAAUUUCCUGCGCCCUUCGGAUUAUCAACGGCGAGCUCGCGCCCGGUCAAGGUGAGGACCGUCUCCAGCGCCUGGCCUUCAACUCCCGGUACCUUCGUCUCGGCUUGAAGCGUCUCGGCUUUAUAGUAUACGGUCAUGAUGAUUCACCAAUUAUUCCUCUUCUUCUUUUCAACCCGGCCAAAAUGCCUGCAUUCUCUCACGAGAUGCUUCGGCGCAAGAUCUCCGUUGUGGUUGUUGGUUAUCCCGCUACGCCUUUGGUUUCAUCUCGCGCACGAUUCUGUGUGUCAGCCGCCCAUACCAAGGAUGACCUCGACCGGGUUCUAGCCGCAUGUGAUGAAAUCGGCAAUGUUCUGCAACUGAAGUUCUCCACCGGUAUUGCUGGCGGCGCUCUGCCUCCUACCGAAGAAAUGGCUCCUCCGCCGGAGAUGGAGAAGGACUGGCACCGAAAGCGCUCCGAAAAUCUCAGCCCACCCCGGUGGCGGCUCGAAGAUGUCAUCCGACGCGGAGUCCAGGAUGUCAAGUCACCUUUGUACUAG